CAAUAUUCUUUGUACCGAAUAAAUGGUAAUUGUGCUUAAGAAAAUGUAUUUUAAUUUGUUGCCAACAACAUUCUAUUAGUAUGGCCUAAAAUUAUUAUUUGAAAAGAAAACGAUACUUUGAGAACCCUAUUAGUGCCGGGUUUUUUCAAAUCACUCGAUAAAUUGAACCUUUUUUGAAUACACUUUAAAGGCAUUUUUUUGUUGCCAUUGUAAACAGACGUUCAUAUCUCCCACCUAGUAGUAAGCGGUUUGUGUCACUCUCGGACCUUAGUAAGAGGCAAGGCCAAGACUCUAUGAUCUACUCCAAGCUGUUUUGAUUUAAUAAAAGCAAAAUAAUUAUUCGUUAGCAUUUUAUUUCUCAAUAGUGUUGCGUAGAAUACUGUUGUAUGAUUGAUAGAGAGGGACCUAGGCGAUAAUAAGAAUUGAUUUUAGAAUCGAUCGAUCGAUUGUAAGUUGAAUACCGAUUAUUUUGAAGUAUCUGCUGUAUGAUUUCUUCGUGGCGGAACAAGUUACAACGAUGGAACUGGCUGUGCAAGCCCGUUACGAUUCACCGCCAGUAUAUUUUUUAUAAAUCGCCUAAAUGACUUAGAUCAUUAAGCUAGUCUCCUACUAAUCAAUUUAAUGAGGACAUUGAACACGAAAACCGGAGACAUUAAUUGCACGAGUAAUCUUUGACGUCAUUGCGAGGUAUUCCGAAAAUGUUGAUACGUGCGGUUGCAUUCUAGUCACGAAGUCGAUGUCUAGUGAUUUCUAAAUGGCCACCAUCCGGGACUAUCACCUGCAUAUCGGCGGCCUAGCUGUCGUAGCAGUUCCGUGACACCAAGCGCCCGGUGUGCGAGUUUUUUAACGUUGUCGAUAGCGUGGAAGUUAAUCCAAUUUUGUAUGCAGUUGGAACAGCGCCCUUUUUUUAUUGCUUAGAUGAGUGGAAGAGCUCACAGCCCACCUGGUGUUAAGUGGUUACUGGAGCCCAUAGACAUCUACAACUUAAAUGCGCCACGCACCUUGAGAUACAAGUUCUAAGGUCUCAGUAUAAUGACAACGGCUGCCCCGCCUUUCAAAUCGAAACGCAUUACUGCUUCACGGCUGAAAUAGGCAGGGAGGUGGUACCCACCCGUGCGGACUCACAAGAGGUCCUACCACCAGUGAUUACGCAAAUUAUAAUUUUGCGGGUUUGAUUUUUAUUACACGAUUACACAUUGCCCCUUACGGCAAACGUACGCAAACGAUCCUAUUUCAUACAAAAAUAUGAGCUAACUUUUACGUUAUCGAGAACGUUAAAAAACUCGCACUAACCAAGCACACACGGACCGUUUAGAAGCGUCCGUUCGCCGACGUGAACGCGACCCGACUUCUCACUCCUCAGUCCUCAGUUCCUCAGUACGCAGCACGCCGGCUCGUAAGACACCCGUACACGUCGCCACGUAAACGAACUCAACGUGACCCUCGUAAAAUGUUAUCAACAACGCGGCUCGACUCGGUAACGUGUCAAGUGAUUUAAAAUGCCCGAGUGUACGGAACAGUUCGCGUUCACGAUUCCUGUAAUACGUUACACGAUGGAAGACGACAGGCCGGCCGAGGAAAGGCAGGCGAUCACCAAGAAGAUGUCCCUGUUGACGCCGGUGAAGAUCGAGACACCGGACAGCGGGAGACGGUCUUCCGAGCCAACGAAGUAUUACAUUCCUCCGCAGUGCAAUAACAGACUUUCUCCUAGAAGUGCGCGGCGAAGGGACUCUAAGAGCAACUCUAAGAGUGGCGCGAAAGAGGAAUCUCCCACCAAAGAGACUAUGGGACCAAAGCCGUGUAAUUGUGAGGAGUGCAGGGCGUCGAGUCCUCUACCCCCUGGCUACGGGCCGCAAACUCUAUCGCCUGGUUAUGACCAGAUGAAGAUUUCUUUGCUGGACGUCCCUUGGAAUGAGGAUUACACGGAGGCAUCGAGCGAUGAUCUCAGUUCGGAAUGGGAUUCGGAUGUACCAGAACCAGCUCCUGCUCCAACAUACAAGCAAUCAGAACGUUGGAGAAAACUACGCAACAUCGUGCAAUGGACGCCGUUCUUCCAAACGUACAAGAAGCAGAGGUAUCCCUGGGUCCAGUUAGCUGGCCAUCAAGGAAAUUUCAAAGCGGGACCUGACCAAGGGACUAUCCUGAAGAAACUGAGCCCGCAAGAAGAAAAAUGUUUUGAGUUGCUGAUGAAGGAUAUCCUCCGGCCAUUUGUACCUGAAUUCAAGGGUCAAGUUACAUGUGAAGAUGGAGAACUGUACCUACAAUUACAAGACCUGUUGAGCGAUUUCGAUAGUCCCUGUGUGAUGGAUUGCAAGAUAGGAGUCAGGACGUAUUUAGAAGAAGAAUUAGCCAAAGCGAAAGAAAAAACUAAAUUAAGAAAAGAUAUGUAUGAAAAGAUGAUCCAAAUAGACCCAAAAGCACCUUCAGAAGAAGAGCACAGAAGUAAAGGAGUCACGAAGCCAAGGUACAUGAUCUGGAGGGAGACUAUCAGCUCUACCUCAACUUUAGGCUUCAGGAUAGACGGGGUGAAGAAAGCUGAUGGAACAAGUUCUAAAGACUUCAAAACCACGAAGACGAGACAGCAAAUAGCUGAAGCCUUCAAGGACUUUACAAGUAGUUGUCCAAAUGCUGCGGUGAGAUACUUAGAAAGGCUAAGAAGCAUUCGAGCAACACUGACUGAAUCUCAUUUCUUCAGAACACACGAACUGAUCGGGAGUUCGUUGUUGUUCGUUCAUGACAAAAGGAAAGCUUCCAUUUGGAUGAUAGAUUUCGCAAAGACUGUUCCUGUACCAGAAAACGUUAGCAUUGAUCACAACACAACUUGGAAGGUCGGGAAUCACGAAGACGGCUACCUCAUUGGCCUGGACAAUUUGAUAACAAUAUUUGAAUCUCUCGUCAAAGAUGACAACGGUAACAUUGAAGUUGAAAGAAUAGAGAAUAUAAGACAGGAUAGUUUUGAUACUUGAAGUGAUAUGACGCGAGAGGUUACUCUCAUGAUAUACGACAAUCUCAACACUGGCGUGUUGCCGUAACGCAGUAAGACUGCGAUGUAUAGAUCUGAGAUGCAUUAUUGUUUUAAGAGUUUGACGCCGUGCCUACCUAUAGUUUAACUGUAAAUAUUUGUGUAUGAAUACAUUUUUGUGUUAAUUAUAAUCUUGAAAUACUCAUAAAUAAUUUUUAAGUUACAGCACCACCAAUAGUUUUAAUUCCAUCCGAUUAACUGAAUAUAUUCAUUAACCUAAAUAUAUAUUUUUUUAAAUUACACGUACACUAUGUUCUUAUUGUAUUGUCGAAUUUGUAUUAAUUGUCAGAUCUCGAUAGAUCUGCGCUAUCGACGGAACUGAUAAAAAACCUAAUUUUAAAUAGGUAUUUAUUUCUUGUAAAUACACUAUAUUAGUGUGAGGACUAUUUAUUGAUUUUAUAUUUGUAAGACACUAUCCGUAUAAUGUACAAAAAUAUGGUACUAAAUAAAUAUGUUGAACAAUUUUA